GUAAGACAUAAACCGUUAAUUAGCAUAGAGCACCCCAUUAUAGUGUUCCAUUCGAUAGUUUUUCGUAUAAAAACUUGAUACCUCGAUGCCAGCAACAACAGAUCAACAAAGUCUACAGACCCUAAACAUGAAGUUCUGCGUUAUCGCUUUGGCUUUGGUCGGCCUAGUGGCCGCCGAUGUAAGUCACCUGCUCAAUGUGGGACAAGGCUCUGGCUAUGCCUAUGGCAGUUCCUCCGCAUCCUCAUCCUCCUCGUCGGCCCCAGCAGUACUGCCCGGUAGUGAUCCCAGCAGCUACACACCAGCUCAUUUGCUUCCUCAAAAUCAGCAAGCUCAAGUCAUUGUCGGUGCAGACACCAGCAGCUACCAGCCAGCUCAUUUGAUUCCUCAGAAUCAGCAAGCAGCUACCGGACAGGUUGUUAUCAAUGUGGACACCAGCAGCUCAACGGCCCCAGCAGUCCUGCCUGGUAGUGAUUCCAGCAGCUACCAGCCAGCUCAUUUGAUCCCUCAGAAUCAGCAAGCAUCUACCGCACAGCUCAUUGUCGGUGCAGAUACCAGCAGCUACCAGCCAGCUCAUUUGAUCCCUCAGAAUCUGGGAUCAGUCUCAAGUUCAGUGCAGACACAGUCGUUCAACAUUGGCGCCAAUACCUAUACACCGCAACAGUUCAUUACUCAGGGCGAUCGCGUUGCCCACGUUACCUACGGCGUGCCGAAGGCGCCGAUUGCCAUUGGUGCCAAUACCGUCACACCUGCCCAUCUGUACCAGGAGCCCACAUCGAAUGGCAUUGAGGAAUCCAACGUAGCCAACAACAAGAUUGUAUCUGCUCUUGUCCAGCCCACAUACACGGCUCAGGCUGCCUCUUCAAGCGGCUCCGCCAGCUAUGGCACACAAUACGGCUCCAACGGCGGCUAUGUUUACUAA